ACAACACCAGCAUCAACACGUCCUGCCCACCACCACCACCACGCCCAUUACUAUCAUCAAGGACUAUAAUACCUGAAGCAGUCUCGGCUACAGAAGCUAGACACAACAGCCAAAUGCAUCGAAAUCACGGCUUCACGCCAUAAAAUAAGAAGAAUAGUUUGGUGAAUGUUAUGCAAAACCAUUUUGAACGCAAUUUUACAUACACACACACACAUACACAAACACAUGCAUACACAUACACACAUACGCAAAUCGAACAUCUUUGGUACAGAUUUUUAUAGAUGUUCCGUUAAAUCGGAGCUGAUCUAAACAACAGAACCAAAACCUCUGCCACGACGACGACGACCACUAACACCACUAUCACCGCUACAACCACCAUCACUACAACGACUGCCAUCACUGCAACCACCACUACCAUACCACCACAGCUACCGUCAACAAAUCUAGCAUCAAAAACGACCUCAACAGAUGACGUUUACAACAACAACAACAACAACAAAAGCGAACAUUAAUCAAAUUAAUUUAAGAAAACAACAAAUUACAUAACAACAUAAGCAAGAACAACAACAGCAGGAAAAGAAGAGGAAGAGAAAUUAUAAAGUGUUUAUUCCAUUUGUUGGAAACACAGGAAAAAAGCAUUUUCAAGAAAAGAUAAAAGAAAAGCCCAGGCGGCAGCACCAUUGUACUCUUUGCCGUUUUCCAAUCUUCAAACGAAAAGCAAUAAAUCGAAACGUCUCACUUUGCGGCAACAGAAAUUCUUCUUUGACAGUCUCCAAUGGACUAAAAAGUUGUUGACCUUAAUUAGACCAGAACUAGCUUCUUCGCAUUUCAGAUAUUGCAAACACAAAAAGGAGCCAAACAGGAGCCUAAUCCAAGGAUGUCACUGGUAACCCAGCUUUUGGUUGUGCUCUUGUGUGUCCACUCCCUAUACGGAACGCACCACUACAAUUUAACAAUCGGUCUUCUACUCGAAGAACCGGUCCAAAAGGAGAACAAAGUCGCAGAAAGAGCGGCUCAUUUCGCUUAUAUGUUAAACGCUUGCGACCUUCAGUCGGUUACAGUGGAGACAUUCAUUCUAAAGCAACAUGAUCCCAUUAAUAUUAUUUUCCAAAUCUCGGAAUUUCUCAAGAAGAACAUGACGGCAAUUAUCUCAAAGAUUUCGUGCAGCACGUUCCAUUUGCUGAAUUCACAGCCAAAGGCUUGUCAUUUGUUGCACUUCACCAUUAUCCCACCGUUCUGUGGUGAAACCUCUCUCAGUUCUAAUAACUGCAACGUCUUCAGUCUUCGAGAAAAAGGAGAAUAUCUACAAACAGCCAUCAUUGAUUUGUUAUUGGCGCUGAACUCCAAGAAGCUGACUGUAUUGGUUGAUGAAUCCAGCUCAGAAACAGCCAGUGACCCUCUGUUCCAGAAAAUAUCAGACAACUACAUUAGAAUAAGGCCUUAUAAAGCGGACGGCGGCAACCUUAGUGAUAUUUUCUUAUCAGAAACGAAGACAUUUGAACACAGUUAUUAUCUCCUCCUGAUGAAACCGUCGCUUGUUAAACAUGUUUUCAAUGUGGUAAGUCUCACCGUUUAAAGAAAACAAUCUCGUUUAUGUGUCUGCGUGAAGGUAAACAAAUAAACCAGGGAUAUGGGAGGCGUAGUGACAGAAUAGUUAAGGUCGUCGGAAAAAAAUGGUUUGUGGUAUUUAUUUCGAUUCCAUACGUUCUAAGAUCAAAUCCUGUGGAAGACGAUCAACGGUAUGUAGGACGAGGUGCACUCCACUGAUUUAUUUUCCCACUUUACCCAUGCGUCGACUUAACUGGGGAUCACAUUCAGAAAUACAAUGGUUUGGGGUAAAGUGUAACAGCCUUCGCUCUCUCCUCUGAAUCCAGUCUUUGUUUAAAAGAUUCAUAAUUGUUUAUU